GACAGUAACAUUCCACUAAAUUUACAAUAGGGUUUCAUUUCUUACGGUUCUUUAAAAACAGUUAAAAAAGGUUGAUAAUGCUGUAUCAUAACAUAUGUGCAAUACACUGUCUUUCUUUGUUUAGUUUCGUGUUAGUUUUCUUUGUUGUAGGUGGUUGUAGGUUAUGAAUCAUACUGUGAUCCUUAUCUAAUGUAACAUUUGCAGUCUUUGUACUAAAACUAUUCUUUCGUUGUCAGUUUAAAUUCUUUGAAUGCAAUACAGAUAUCAGUGUGAAAAAAAGAUACAAAAAAUAAAUUGCAGACGUGACAUAAAGAAAACAAAGAAAGACAAAGUACAUGUAUCAAUGUUAUGUCUAUGUGUUUGAAAAAGUGUGCAUAAUGUCUUUCAUCGAAGCAGGAUUGUGAUAACGUAGUACCUAUUAUUAGUAUUGUAAAAAAAAGUCUUCUAUUAGUUGUGAACUUAUACAUACUAUGAUUGAUAAAUAGUAUUAUUUAUGAAUGAAAAUAUAAAUAAUUAUUGAAUUCUAGUAAUUCAUAAAAAGAAGAUGCACAGUAUUGUCGUUAAUUUUGCCCAAAGUAUUAAAAUAAAACUGAAAAUAUGUACCAUGCAAUGUUAAAUGAUAUGGUCAAAAUUGGAUAUAGUGAUUAUAAGUAUAAAAAUUAAACUGAAAAAGUACAAAUAAGUGUACAAGAUAUUGUUUAUGUAGUAAAUAUAUUUAUUCUUUGCAAUAUCUUACAAUAUCAAUAUUAAAUAGAAAAAGAAAAGAGAAAAUAUACUUUAUUGAAUAUGACUAACAUAUUAAGAGACGAACCAUGGGGACUGCAAGUAUUAGAAUGUGCGAUUUUCAAAUGCUGUCCACAUGGGCGUGUCAAUCGAAUAGCAUGGCAUCAAGGUGGAGUCUUGGCUCUUACAUAUUUGGCAUAUACCUGUUACCAUAUGACCCGAAAACCAAUAUCUGUUGUAAAAAAUGUGUUGAGUCUGAAUUGUAGUAGUCUAUCACCACCAGAUAAUAUUGUAAUUAAUAGCACAAACAGAGAUACAUGGUGCGAUUGGGCUCCAUUUGAUACUGCAGAGGCACCAGCAUUGCUUGGCAUGUUAGACUCAGCAUUUUUGUUUGCAUAUGCAGCAGCUAUGUUCCUCAGUGGUUUCAUAGCGGAAAGGGUAAACCUACGUUAUUUUCUUACAUUUGGUAUGCUUGCAUCAGGUAUAUCUUGUUACCUUUUUGGUAUUGCUAAGCCGUACAAUAUCCACAGUUUGUGGUAUUUUGUUCUAGUUCAGGCAGCAGGUGGUAUUUUUCAAACGUCAGGUUGGCCAGGCGUAGUUACGGUUGUUGGAAAUUGGUUUGGAAAAGGAAAGCGAGGUUUAAUUUUUGGAAUAUGGAACUCUCAUACAUCGUUAGGAAAUAUUCUGGGCACUUUACUAGCUGCUGAGUUUGUGGAGUCUGAUUGGGGUUUAAGUUUUAUGGUACCUGGAGCUACAAUGGGUUUGACAGGAUUCAUGAUAUUUCUAUUUCUAGCACCCAAUCCUAUGGAUAUAGGAUGUAUUCCAUCUAUUCCUCCUAGAUAUAGAAAAUUCGAUGCUAACAACACUUCAGAUGAAGAUAAUGAUGUAGAUGAUUAUGAAAAUUGUAAUAAUGAUAUUGAAGACGAUGUGGCAUGUUUACGAUCUGAAACUAGUCCAAUAUUAGGAAGGCAUAGGCGUGUACAAGAACAUCAUACAGGAAAUGCAAUUGGAUUUAUAGGGGCUAUGGGUAUACCUGGAGUCAUAGAAUAUUCUCUUUCCUUAUUCUUUGCAAAGCUUGUAAGCUAUACAUUCUUAUACUGGUUACCAUUGUACAUUGCAGCAUCAACCACUUAUAGUGCAACGUUAAGUGCAGAUGUUUCGAUUUUAUUCGAUGUUGGUGGUAUCGCUGGUGCAAUAGCAGCUGGUAUUCUAUCUGAUUAUAAUGGUAUGAGUGCAUUAACAUGUGCACUUAUGCUUGGAUUUGCAGUUCCUGCAUUAUUUCUAUAUGAUUACAUUGGAAGUUCUGGCUUAGGCAUCAACAUAAUGUUACUAUUAAUAUCAGGACUAUUAGUUAAUGGACCUUAUGCCUUGAUAACAACUGUCGUGUCUGCUGAACUUGGAACUCAUCCUAGUUUAGGAAACAGUUCUAGGGCUCUAGCUACGGUUACUGCUAUCAUUGAUGGAACAGGUAGUAUUGGUGCUGCCAUUGGUCCAUUAUUAGCAGGUUUAGUAUCGCGUUGGGCUGGUUGGCAUAAUGUGUUUUACAUGCUUAUGAUUGCAGACAUGCUGGCUUUAUUGUUUUUAUCAAGAUUAGUUUACAGAGAUAUACAAGUGUAUAGACAACGAUGGAGAGUUGUUUAAUUUCAUUCUCUUAUGUCAGAUAAUAGAUAAAUAUGAAAAUAAAUAAAUUUUCCGAAUCUGCAUUUGCA